GUGAUCUUAACGUUCCAUGUCGGAUAAAUAGAAUAGGUUUUUUCGGGGAUUUUGGCCUUGUUUUUCAGUCUGCCAUGUAAAAUCACUUGGUUUUUAUUUACAUAAUAGAAGGUGUCUGUUAUUAGCCGCUAAAGCUCCCUUCGUUGCAGCGGCAGCGUCGUUUUCCUCCGAGCAUUCUGUCGAAAUUCCUCUGUUGUGUUCGUGUCGGAUAUUACAUAAUGCGGUGGUGGUGGUAAGCUGUUGAUGCAAGGCUAACAAACAUUUUAAAAGCGGUGAAAAAGGAGCUUUUAUCCUAAAAACGACGUUACUGUUUCGGAUAGACUUAGUCUCUAUUCACGAUGGCAUUCAAUAGGACAUAUAUUAGCAUAGCAUAUGCGACCUUCGGCACUCUGGUCGGGCUGUCGGCGUUUUUGGUCUGGAAUAUCGCCUAUAAACAGCCUUGGACGGCGGCCAUGGGAGGCCUCUCAGGAGUGCUGGCUCUCUGGGCUCUCGUCACACACAUCAUGUACGUUCAGGACUACUGGCGCACCUGGCUCAAAGGUCUGCGGUUCUUCAUCUGCGUCGGGGUGACCUUCUCCACUCUGGCUGUUGCCGCUUUCUUCACGUUUCUAAGUCUGGCGAUCAAAGAAAAGCAGUCUCUCAGCGACCCCAAGAGCCUUUACCUGUCCUGCGUGUGGAGCUUCCUGACCCUAAAGUGGUCUUUCCUCCUGGCUUUGUACUCCUACAGAUACCGUCAGGAGUUUGCAGACAUCAGCAUCCUCAGCGAUUUCUGAAGAUUUUAUAGACUUACCGAGGACUUUGAGGGAUUUUAGCAGGAGCUGAUCCAGACACUUUGUGACAAAGAUUGGAGGGAAAAACAAGAAGAAAAAAAAAGAAGUCCGCUGACUUUAAUCAUGUGGAGUUACACUCGUUUAACUUGCUAAACAGGCGCUUUCUUUUCCUCGUAGCUUGUGUUUAUGUUGUAACCUGUGCUGUAGAGACUGGAAGUGCUUCAGAAAGCUUCGUAUGAAGGGUCAGAUUUUAUCUUUGCAAUAUUUUAUUGUGAAAAUACCUGCAUUUGUCAGAUGAAGUGAUCUCUAAACCAAAACAAAGGUGCUGUGAGAAAAUGUCGACAGCAGGGAGUUUUUAAAGACAAACUUUAAAAAGAGCAGAAGUUUAGUCAUUAGUGUUUCUGAAGAGUGUGAAAGCAACACAAAAAAUGUCUGUUUAUUAACACUGAUGCACACUUUAAGACCCACACUACGCCACAAGCUGCACCUAUCUCUGAUUACUUCAGCUUUUGUGAAAGUUACUCUUCAACACAGGAUUACUUCGGAUUAUGUUUGAGAUGUUACUGGAAAGUCCUGCAGAUUUUCUGACUGUUCUGACUUUUAACCACCAAACUUUAACGUGUUUCUUGCUGUUUCGUUUACUAAAACCUGCAGUUUUUCACCGGCCUAUCGCUGCUUUUUUAUGUCCUCAUAAAAAUGUCCUGCUUGUGUUGGCUUUAAAAACAAACAGCGCAUUUUUAAAAAUCUAAGCAUUAAUCGAAAACUUUGAAUUGAUUUAUUCUUUAUUUUUGGCACUCCUGAUUAAAACACCUUUUUUUAAAAAGUUUGAGUUUGGAAAAACAAAAAGAUUGCAAAGAAUGUGCUUUUAUUGUUGCACUGAGGAGAAAAGUGCUUUUCUGUCACUAAAUCCUCUGACAUUCCUCUUUUAUAGCAAAUUCAAGUGAUAUGAUCAAUAAUUGCACUUUAGUUAAAGACGUGGAUGCGCUUGUUUUGCACACCGUUCCUGACAAAAGCUGAUGCCACUGUCCUUUCUGUCUCUGCUUCCAUGUUGACUCGAUCAGUUCACAUAUCCCUCACUUUUCCUGAAUCUAGGAAUGUGUAGGUUAACUUUUCUGAAAUGUUUUUAGCUUUUUUUAUUUUUAAUGUAACCAUAAACUAUGUCAGUAAGUGCAGUUUGGUGUUGAUGGAUGAAUGAAUGAAUGUGAAGAAACUACAUGUACAUAGAAACCAAAAGCAUCAAAGAUACUCUCGUUGUCCAGGGUGUUAUAUUGUCUCCUUACAAAAUAAAAGCGUUGUCCAAACUUC